CUGCUGGUGGAGGUGGAAAAGGAGGUGGAAAAGGCGGUGGAAAAGGUGGCGGAGGAGGAGGAUGGCCGUCAGGAGGCGGUGGUAAAGGCGGAGGUGGUGGAGGUUGGUCAUCAGGAGGCGGCGGUAAAGGUGGAGGUGGAAAAGGUGGAGGUGGAGGAGGAUGGCCUUCAGGCGGAGGCGGUAAAGGUGGCGGAGGUGGUUGGCCUUCUGGAGGAGGUAAAGGAGGUGGAAAUGGUGGUGGGGCUGUCACUCUUCUAACAUUUACAAUUCCUACUGCACCUGCGUCAGGCGGGAAUGGCAAAGGAGGUGGAGGAAAAGGAGGAGGAGGAGGAGGAGGCUGGCCGUCAGGAGGAGCCGGCGGAUGGCCCUCUGGUGGAGGUGGUAAAGGAGGAGGUGGCGGAAAAGGUGGCGGCGGCGGUGGUGGUGGUUGGCCAUCAGGUGCUGAAGAUUGGCCUUCUGGUGGCGGUGGUGACUGGGCCGGUGGCGGGGGCGAUUGGCCGAGUGGUGGUGGAGGUGGAGGCUGGGAAGAAGCUGAAGACUGGUGGUGAGAUGCUAGUACCUUGGAAGACUUACAACACGAAGUUCUUGAGGUCAUAUGUAGACCAUUUUCCCCUUACAUAGGUUUGUGCCCAGAAGAAUUCAGACAGAAUUCUGUUCCUACGAAAAAUCAGAAACAGCCAUCUGGAACGGGUAGAAGUUAAAUGAAUGUGAAUUCUUUGCAUUUGUUCAGGGAAAUAUACAUAUAUUUAUAUAUUUAUAUAUAUAUAGUAGGUAGCUGUGCUUACCUCGCUUUUACGGGUUGCAGAAAUUACUUUUGUAAUCCUACGAAAGAAUGUGAUUUUAAAUAAAUAUUUGAUAAAUCC